CCGGUUUGAAGUGGAUUGCACUGGCAGAGUAAAACGACGCCCCUGAUCCUUGAAAUGCCCGACCUGAAGAAGUUGUAGGAGUCGAGGAAAGUACAGAAAGGGCUUGUAGGAAAGAGGCAGCCAUUUGUAUAACCAGAGCCGCGUGCCUCCUACUGUGAAAAGUGAAGUAUUUCUGUGCCGAGUUGGGCUGCACAUUUAUGGCGUUUGUGAAUGUCAGCAGAGAUUUCUGCCGGGCUCAGCACCUUGCCUUUGCAGACAAGUGAAUUGUUUGCUCUUCAUAGCAAGACAGCAGCAGAACAGACCUGUAGACAGAAGCCUGUUGGAGUGGCGUCCUUUGGUCUAAAUCAAUUCUUUUUAUAAGCCACUGGCAAAGUAGUGACAUCUGCCCUGUAACUUCACUUUCUCUGUAAUGACCAGAUUAUUGUACACAUCCUGAAUGGGGUAAACAUAUGCAGCUUGUUUUGAUGUUAGAAGGAUAUUUUUUCCUUAUCUUCCCAACUUUUUUUUUCUACUUUUUGACAAGGCAGGCAGAUUUUUAAAAUCUGCUAACUUUUUAAACCAUUUUUACUUUUCAACUACAGACUUUAAAUUAAUAAAGCUAUUCUUUGAGCCAAAGUGAGAACUAUCCAUCUGUCCUAUCUUCAAAAUAAAUUUAAAAAAAAAUCUACUUUAUUUUUGUUGAUAUUUUUACAGCCUAUAUAUAUAUUUUUUUUUGGUGUUUUAUUUGCCAACAUGAGCCGUCCAGCACCUGUGGAAAUUGUAUUUGAAACAAUGAGAUUUUUAAUAACUCACAAUCCAACAAAUUCUACUCUCAACAAAUUUACUGAGGAACUAAAGAAAUAUGGAGUGACGACACUGGUCCGUGUUUGUGAAGCUACCUAUGACAAAGCACCAGUUGAGAAUGAAGGAAUUCAGGUCUUGGACUGGCCUUUUGAUGACGGGGCACCUCCUCCAAAUCAAAUAGUGGACGACUGGUUAAAUCUUUUGAAAGGAAAAUUCAGAGAGGAGCCUGGCUGUUGUAUUGCUGUGCAUUGCGUUGCUGGACUAGGCCGUGCUCCUGUUUUGGUGGCCCUUGCAUUAAUUGAGUGUGGAAUGAAGUAUGAGGAUGCAGUGCAGUUUAUACGACAAAAAAGACGUGGCGCCUUCAACUCCAAACAGUUGCUUUAUCUCGAAAAGUACAGACCCAAGAUGCGACUGCGUGUCAAGGAUCCUAUUGGACCUCUCUGUUGCAUUCAAUGAGAUGAAAGUAGUAUUUAAGAUGGAAAUUGUUGGGUAGCAAUAAGGAAUCCAGGGAACAAAUUUUGUCCUUAAUUGUAAUUUAAGUAUGGUUUCAAUAAUAAGGUAAAGGCAGAAUUGAGCGAAAAUGAAAUGACGAAAGCUCACUCAGUUUAUCAAAUGCCUAGUGCACAUUUUCCAAAUGAAAGUUUGAAAAUGUAAAGGAUUAUGAAAUUGUCUUUUGUGUUGUAGUCAGAUUCUGUUUUCUGAAGGUUAUUAGCCCAUUCUUGAAACAGACACUUGAGUAAUUGCACAAUAUAUGGUAUGUAAAAGAUUUUCAUACAGUAAAAGCUGAUCCUUGUUUUUAAAGCUGAAUUAACAGAUAAUUAGAUAAAGAUAUAUAGCUUUAUUGAUUGGUUCAAUUAUGCUCAAUUAGUUUUAUAAUAAUAAAACUUUAAUUAUUCCCCUAGUGCUGUAUUAGUACAGUUACUCUGAAAGUUGCCCAUUUUAACUGGAUUGAGCCGCUUUUUUGGUAUCAGCUGUGAACUUUUUUUUUUUUUUUUUUUUUUUAUACCUGAUAGAUGUUUAGGUCACAGUAUUUUUUUGGUCCCUUUUUAUGGUUUCUAAAAAAAUUAGUCAGAAAUUGUAUGUUUUUAUGUAUAUAUCCAUAUGUUAAAAGGAAAUAUGCAAACCCCAAACUUCUGUUUUUUCUAAUUUUUUGCUUACCAGUAUUUGCAAAAUAACACAUUUAUUUAUAAAUUGUUAAAAAAAAUAAUAAAACCCAGCUUUUUAUUACAGUCUUGGGUGGAUUCAGUUACUGGAAAAAGAAUUUUGAGGAUGGUUGACAUGAUGAAAAGCUGUCUAUACUGCUUCUAGCACACUGAGGAUUUGACAGAAUGCCAUAUUACUGCCAGAGCUAGCAAUUGUAGUUACAAACUUGUUUUAGUGUUGUAUUGAUCAUACUCAGUUUUACAGUGCUGUUGAAACCCAGGGAAGGGUAUACUUUAAGGACAGCAUAGCCAGCGCAAUGUAAAGAAUCCAGGAAAAUGAAAAAAGCUUCAUAUUUAAAGUAAAACUUCUAUUUUGCGCUUACUUAUUUGGCACCUGUCCCACAGUUCGAACUUUUUGUUGUGUAACUUGCAAAACUAGUCCACAUUGUACAUCAAGUCCUACGUUUAGUGAGAGCAGUCAGGGUGGUGCAAGAGACAAACAUCUGAAUUGAUAUGCAUUUCUCAUACAACUAUGCCAAUUGUGCCACAUAUUUUUGUGUCUUCUGCAAAAAGUGCCUACUGCAGGAUUCUUGGAUUUAGCAGUAGAAGUUUAAAAUGGAAACCAGAGUGGAAAGCACAGAUUUUUGGCCAGGUUGAUUUUUUUUUUUUUUUUUUUUUAAUUCUGCUGAGGCCACCCUCUCCAAAAGUUCUAUUUAUUGAGAUUUAUAAAUCUGAUAAUAGUGCCAUUUUUUUGCUUUUUUUAUUUUAAUCAAGAAUUUUAAAUGUGCUUUUUAAAUGAUUACUUUAAGGGCUCAUAAUUACAUUGCAGUUUUUAUAUGAAUGUGUAUAAAUGUGGCCAAUGAAGCAUUUCAAUAUUUUUUUCAUAUUGUUUUUUUUUAACAUUAACUUGAGUGAACCUGUAUUUUUAAAAGCAUUAUACUUUCUCAUCUCCAGAAGUUAUAGUUGGAUAUCCAUGUUUCAUCCCUCCAACAGAACAAAAAUUGCAUGAAUUUUUAGAUGAGAGUGUUUAUGCCCAUCUAGAUUUGCCUAAGUACUGAUGAAAUUCCUGGUUACUCUUAUCUGAAGUAAAUCAUGUGAAAACUUAUUUUUUUCUAGUUAGCAUUGCAGUUUAGAGUAUCAUCUGCCUCAGGGAACUCAGAACUGGUGUAAUUGAUAUUAUGAAAUUUAUUUACUUUUUACCUGCAAUAGUUUUUUUUUUUUUUUUUUUUGUAAUAAGGGGAGUGGUAGUCACAAUUAAUUUUCAAGUACUUAAACAUUUUAUAAAGGCAUCAGGUCCUUUGAAGCUGGAUGUGCCAUCUCAAAAGAAAAUACAGCAGAAUUUUACCAUAGAGGGCCAAGCUGUCAUGUUAUAAUAUGUCUACUUUUUUCUUCAGUUUUGCUCUGAACUUGAGCGUUUUUAUUGAUUUAAACCCGAUCAAGAUAACACUGCAGUAUACUACAUCUCUGCAAUGUUGUGAAGUGAAACUUUUGUCAGAAAAGAGUGUAUUUUCUGGUUGUUAAAUUAUAUGUUCCACCUCUGAUUCUAUGCAGUGUUUGGGGUUUUUUGUUGUUGUAUUUUUUCUCUUUAUUACUUUCACUCUUAUUCUUCAGCAUUUCUUAAGAAUGAUUAAUGCAGUAAAAAUCUCAGUUUUAAUAUUUACUUUUUUCAUAUUAAUAAAAAAGGAUCUUGGGUUUGCCUUUUAACAAAUAAAAAAACUGUGAAAACUGUGGUCACUUUAAUAUUGUCUUAAAAGCUUUAGUCCUAGAUAAUCUGUUAACUCUUUUAAUGUAAUAACCUGGGGCCUCAUGUAUAAAUGGUGUGUACACACAAAAUGUUGUGUAUGCCCAUUUCCACUCUCACUUCAAGAUGUAUAAAAACUAAAUUUGGUGUAAAGCCAUACAUAUUAGCCAUGCAAACAGGCGGCACCCAGCAUAAAAGCAGUGCUACUCUGUCUGUGCCGUUUCCCUUCUUCAUAUUUGCAUCAAUGACGCGGGCAUUAUCAAAUACACCAAAAUAAAUUGAAUGGAAGUGGCUAUUUAUAUUGAUUUGCAUAUUCAAGUAUGUGAAAUUCUAGGAGGGGUCGGAAUGGGGCUGUAGGUGCAUGCACGUCCGUUAGAAUUUCACAUUCGUUGGGAUUUAUAAUGGGGAAGUGCAUGGAACUUGGCGUACAUAUAGUUUUAUGCAUCUGGAUUUUUUUUUUGCAUAUGCACAUUUACAGUUUUUUUCCAUACGGCAUGUUUUAGUGUGAAAUCUACACACAGUGUUAUACAUGAGGCCCCUAGAGUUUUGAAGCAGGAGCAAGAGACAUUCUUGCUUGUCAAAACAAAUACCUGUGAAAAUUCACCAUUGCUGCCCUAAAUUAAGGUACACAACAACUGAAUAUAAAGUAUAUAUUACCUUAAGUGAUUCCCUUUUUGUGCCUGGCAGAUCCUGGCUCUCUGCCUGUUGACAUAUGGUAAAUUGGGGAGGUUUAUAGUUCACUAAAAUUUUUACUAGAAUGAAUUGAAUUAUUCUUCUGUUACCCAAAAUUGGUUUAAAAAAUCUUUUAAAUGUUCUCUAAAGUAUACUACGAAGUUUUGGGGAAUUGAAUCAGUUACAUGUAUUGUCUCUGGAUCUUAACUAUUUAAUUGCCGAAGCAUUUCACUGGUAGUUCUACAAUUAUAAUUAAGUGUAUGCAUUGCCAAUACAAAGACCAUUGCCAAGCCUAAUACAUGAAUAGAUUCACAAGUAUUGGUAAUCUUAAUUUUAACACUGUUUGAAUUUAUGUGAUAUGUCAAACACCCAGUUUUGCAAAUUAAUGUGGAAGAAAAUGUGUCAGAUAUUAUGUUUCAGUCAGAUUAUAUAAAGUAACAUUCUCUAUUCAUGAUGCCAUCACCAUUUGAUCUAUGGGUGGAUGGGGAAAGGAAAGAGAUGCAGCGAUGGCAUAUUUUUUUAUUCAACAUCCUUCUUUUAUUUAGUAGACCCUUCAAAUAAAAAUUUCAAAUUAAACAAUAUUUUACCAUUUUGUGAAUCUGUGUGAUAUGCUAUAGCGUGCACAAAUAAAAAUGUGUUUUUAAUUUAGACCUUUAA